AUAAGCUUCUCCUCUCUCUUUCCCCUUCCUUUUACCUUCAAGCGGUUGCAGAAGUGUUUCUCUGUUCUCACCGAGCACUCGUCUCUCUCAUUUUCUCGCUGAUCAUCAAUGGCUGACAAGGCAGAGUUUGAUUCCCGCCCCAAUCAUUUCUCCAAGGAUGGGCAAGAAUCCAACAAUUCCAUUCCGCUGUCACCACAAUGGCGUUUUCCCAAACCAGGGGAGAAUAAGGCUGGGAUAGCUACUGGGGAGAAUCAUCUCAAUCCACAUUCAGUUUAUGCCAGUCGUUCAGACCUUUUGAGAUCUCCGGGGAUGGUUGAGGAUGGGCAUGAUCACCAGAAGAAAAAAGAUGUUUUCAGGCCAUCUGUUAUGGACAUGGAUCCUGCUCGCCGCUGGCGUGAAGAAGAAAGGGAUAUCAAUUCCUCUUUCCGCCGGGACCGUUGGAGGGAGGAGGAUAAAGAGCUUGGUGACAACCGAAAGGUGGAUCGCUGGACCGAUUCAUCUGGUAGACACUAUGGAGAGACACGCCGUCCCACAACAGAACGAUGGACUGAUUCAGGAAAUAGGGAAAGCAAUCAUGAUCAACGUCGAGAGAGCAAGUGGAAUACUCGCUGGGGUCCUGGUGAUAAGGAGGCAGAUGGUGGGCGUGAGAAGUGGAGUGAUUUUAGCAAAGAUGCUGACAUGCCCAUUGAAAAAGGGUCAUAUAAGGAUGAGAAAGACGUGGAUACCUAUCGGCCUUGGAGAUCUAAUUUGUCUCAAAGUCGAGGUCGGGCAGAGCCUCCUCACCAUCAAGCCUGGACACCAAACAAGCCAGUCUCUUCAUUUAACCAUGGUCGGGGACGUGGAGAAAGUGCUCCUCCAACAUUUCAUCUUGGUCGGGGACGCAUUCCUUCUGGAGUGAGCUCUGGGAAUAAUAUUCCUACACAUUUCCAAUCACAUGGCAUGCUCUCAGAGAAAGGUGAAAGCAGAAAUGAGGAGCCCUCCCCGUUUAAAUAUAAUCGGAUCAAAUUGCUUGAUGUAUACAGGGGAGCUGAUAUGAGAUCCUUUGGCAAGUAUUUAGAUGGAAUUGUGCCAACUUCACUAAUGGAACAGGAACCACUUGAACCUCUGGCAUUUUGUGCACCUAGUCCUGAAGAAUCGGUCAUCUUGAAUGGAAUUGACAAGGGGGAUGUUGUCUGUAGUGGAGUGCCACAGCUCACUAAAGAUGGGUCUGUUGGACGAAAUUCAUCUGAACUUUUGCAAUCAAGAAGUAAACUAGGCAGCAGAGAUGAACUACAACUCUCACUCAAUGAUUCUAGAGAUGAGAUCUCUGCAAAAACAGGAGGUGGUUAUUUGAACCAUUCAGAAACAUUCACCAAUGAGAAACCAAUAGACUCCUAUGGGUACAAUUAUAAAGUUGAGAACACACACGAUUAUGAGAUAUUUUCUAAUCCUAAAUUAAAUGCUGAAGCUUCUAGAGAAGGCAGUUUUCAUAGAGAGAGUGAGAGUCUGCUUGUUGAUAAGGAGUCAACCAUGCAACGGCAUUCUCCAGCUCUUCAUGGUGGUAUGUGGAGAUCAUCAUCAUUUGGUGAGCAUUCACACAUGGCAUCUAAAGAAUCAAGAGAAAUGCCUUUGGGUGCCAGGUCCAAGAUAUCUGACGUUGACUGGUCACAAACACAGAAGGAUUUGAAUAAUGAAUGGGAAAGAAGUCUGGCAGAUUCAUCUUAUUCUCAAAAUAAUCGGCCGAAAAGCAAUUUUGGGGAUAGUUCCAUGCUCAAAACUAAACACUUUGCUGUCUUGGACAAAGAUUUGGAUAUGCGGAAGCUUUCACAACCAUCUCCAGAAGACCUAGUUCUUUAUUACAAAGACCCAAGGGGUGAAAUUCAGGGGCCUUUCUCUGGGGGUGAUAUUAUUGGAUGGUUUGAGGCUGGAUAUUUUGGCAUAGAAUUACUUGUUCGUUUAGCGGGUGCACCACCUGAUACCCCAUUUUCCCAACUUGGGGAUGUUAUGCCUCAUUUACGUGCCAAGGCUCGAGCACCCCCUGGCUUUGGUACACCAAAGCCCAAUACAGAUGCUUCAAAUGGGUUGAACAUGAACAGCUUCACACAGCUACAUUCUGGUUCCGCUCAGAUUGAUGUUCUGAAGAAUGAACAAAGAUAUAAGCACAGUUCGUCAACUGAGGCUGAGAAUAAGUUUAUUGAGUCAUUGAUGUUCAACAUGAAUAAUGGGCCGCCUCAGUCAGAUGGUAUGCCAGGUUUUAUUGGAAAUAAUGCCGGUCCAGUGCCUUCUUUGGGGGAUGAAAGUGGGGGCAGUAUGUACCUCCUGGCGAAGAAGAUGGCACUUGAGAGGCAGAGAUCUUUACCUAAUCCAUAUUCCUAUUGGCAGGGCAAAGAUGCGGCUUCCAUUGUUCCUACACCAGAUGUGGUUCAGGAUUCACUGCUGCAUCCAAAACAGUCUUUAAUAGGCGACAGUGCUCGCCAGCAAUCUCAUAUUCAGAAUGUGGACUUGAUGUCUGUUCUUCAAGGUUUACCAGAUAGGUCUGCAGGAAUGAACAGUGGAACAAGCAGUUGGUCAAAUUUCCCAGCCCAAGGAGGGCUGGAAAAUAUCCAAAAUAGGUUGGAUAUGCAUCACGGGUUGAAUUUCAGCCCCCAACCUGCAUUUGGGAUCCAGCAGCAAAGACUACUUGCUCAGAACACUUCAAUGAAGAAUUUACUGGUCCCAACCUUGGAUAAUCCCCCCAAUAUUUCAACUUCAGAAAUGAUGAUUCCUUCUGGGAUCUCUCAUGAUCCUCAAAUGUUAAGUUUGCUGCAGAAGCAGUACUUGUUGCAGCUACAAUCACAGGCUCCACCAAUGUCACAGCAGCUUUCAGUUCUUGAUAAGUUGUUAUUGCUUGAGCAGCAGCAGAAACACGAACAGCAGCAACAGCUAAUGCUCCAGCAACAGCAGUUGCUUACUCAGGUGCUGGCUGAGCAUCAUCCUUCUAAGCAGUUUGGUGAACAAUUGUAUGGACAGUCACAGACUGCUGACAUGCCUUCAGGAAUUACUACCCUAGAUCAUGCUCGUUUCCCAUCAUCAGGUGAGUUAUCCUGUAUGGGCUCUCAAGCACAGGUCGCUGCGAACGAACAGACGUCACAAUUUGUCUUGCCAAUUUCUCAGGCUGUUAGCAAUACUGUUGGUUCUGAACCAUCUUCUACACAUCUGCCGCAUCAAAUAUAUGGUGAUAUUAUUGGUCAGAGGAGUUGGGGUACAAACCUGCAGGAUCAAUUUAAUAGUGUGCAGCAGAAGGGCUCAUUCUUAGAAACUGGAGUGAUUGAUCCACCACCUGUGGCAGAUGUGGCUAGCAAAUAUCCGCUAGAGCAGACAUCAGAAAUUGAACCCCCUGCUGUUACCUCUGAGAGUACUCCAAGUUUUCCACCUGUAGAAGAACUGGAAACAUUUGUUGAUUUAUCUGUCCCUUCUAGUGGUGAGAAUGACUUGAGUCUUAAUUCGCAGAGUGAUAGCGUAAAGCCACCACCGGAAAUGCAUGAGGAGCCGCAAGCUGAGGGAGGUCAACAUUCUGAUGAGCUGUGUUCUGUAAAGGAAGUUAAAAAUGUUGAAUUGCAUGAGGUUAAAAAGUCAUCAGAGAAGAAAUCAAAGAGGCAAAAGUCUGCCAAGAUGCAAGCCUCUGACACUACAAGGGGAGUAUCUAAGACACAGCAGUUAAAAUCUGAAGGUACCAGUGUUACUCAUGUCAAAGCUGACAACAGUACUGAUUCAAGUGCAAUAGUGAAAGACUCUGCACACGAAAAAAUGGAGAAUAAAAACGUUGAAGUUGCUUCAGAUGUUUCAAAUGUACAACCAGAGCAAAGUCCAUUGCCUGCACACGUCACCAGAGACGUUCAAAACAUUGAGGCAAAGGACCAUUCUGGCCAAGUUGGGGCUGUCCCAAAUAUUGACACCGAAAAUGUUUCUGGUCUUCGAGCUUGGAAGCCUGCUCCUGGUUUCAAACCAAAGUCGUUGCUUGAAAUUCAGGAGGAAGAACAAAGGAGAGCACAGGCAGAAAUGGCUGUUGGUGAUAUCACCACAUCUCUUAAUUCCAUUAGUGUGUCAACUCCUUGGGCUGGGGUGGCUGGUAACUCUGAUCCAAAGCUGCUUAGCAAAAUUCAGCAGGAUGCUGGUAACAGCUUGAGCAAAUCGGAUAGUUUGAGCAAACAAAAAGGUAAGAAAAGCCAGUUACAUGAUCUAUUGGAAGGAAGUACUGGCGUCAAGUCAAGUGAAAGAGAACAGAUUACUGACAUAACACCUAGUGUACCUGCUGCUCCUAUUUCAAGUUCUCAAGCUGAUCUUGACAAUGACAACUUCAUUGAAGCAAAAGAGACUAAAAAGAGUCGCAAGAAGUCUGCAAAAGCAAAGGGUUCUGGAACUAAGUCCUCAGUGUCUAUUGCAUCUGUUGAAACUUCUGUCUCAAGCCCUGUUGACAAAGUCAAGAGUUCACGCCAGCUACAACCAGAGAAAGAAGUAUUGCCUGCAGUACCGUCUGGCCCUUCUUUGGGAGAUUUUGUAGUUUGGAAGGGUGAGCCGGCAAACCCUUCUCCUCCUGUUCCAGCAUGGUCGACAGAAUCUGGUAAAGUUCCAAAACCCACAUUGCUUAGGGACAUUUUGAAGGAACAGGAAAGGAAAGCUUCUUCUGGACAGCAGCAUAUUCCAGUGCCAACACCUCAAAAAUCCAUGCCAAAGCAACUAACCCGAGGAGGUAGUCCUUCAUGGUCGGUUACUGACUCCUCUCCACCCAAGGCUGCAUCUCCCAUGCAGAUAAAUUCACGUGUUGCUUCUAAAACAAAGAAUCAGAUAGAAGAUGAUUUCUUCUGGGGUCCUGUAGAUCAAUCCAAGCAAGAGCCAAAGCAGUCAGAUUUCCCUCAUCUGGGAACCCAAGGUAGCUGGGGAAACAGGAAUACUCCAGUGAAAGGAACGCCUGGAGGAUCAUUGAGCAGGCAAAAGUCCAUUGGCAGGCCUAUGGAGCAUACACUAUCUUCAUCUCCUGCAACUAGCUCAUCUUUGAAAGGAAAGAAGGAAGCACUAACAAAGCAGUCAGAAGCCAUGGAUUUCAGAGAAUGGUGUGAGAGCGAGUGCUUAAGGCUCCUCGGAACUAAAGAUACAAGUUUCCUGCAGUUCUGUUUGAACCAAACGAGAUCUGAGGCUGAAGUGCUUCUGACUGAGAAUCUGGGCUCCUUCGAUCCUGACCAUGAGUUCAUCCACAAGUUUCUAGACUACAAAGAUCUCUUGCCUGCGGAUGUUCUUGAGAUUGCCUUACAAAGUGGUGGGAGUAAUCAAAAGGCCACCGGUGGAUCUGCUGCAGACUUGACCUCUGAUGGUGCUGCUUUCGAUGUGGCCACCAAAGGGGGUGGAAGAAAGAAAGGGAAAAAGGGUAAAAAGGUCAGCCUCUCAGAGCUGGGAUUCAAUGUGGUUAGCAAUAGGAUCAUGAUGGGAGAGAUUCAGACAGUGGAAGAUUAAGUAGAUGGAGAAUUUGUAAAUGCUUUUUUUUUUUUUUUUUGGCAAAUGGCAAUGUACAAUUGUACAUGCCUUUUUUUGUACUUCGAAUCCAUAGAGAAACAUCAGCAGUAAUUAUUUGAUCUGCUCAAGCAAUUUUGUGAAGCUAUGGUUUACAAUAGGUUUUUGUUAUUCUUUGUUACAAGAUUUCAAGGUUGAUUCAGAUUAUAAACAAGGCAUUUUCUCUUCA